AUGGAGAAGAUUGGGAAUGUUGAUAUUCGGGUACAACGAUACCUAGAAGAUGCUGGAAGGGAUGAAUGGUCUAGGCUUUAUUCACCUGUUAACAGAGGAUGUACAAUAACUUCGAAUAUAGCCGAAUGUAUUAAUGGAAAACUGGUUAUUGCAAGAGAGUUACAUAUUUUUGAUUUCCUUGAAGAAGUUGAAGCGUCAACUGAAUAUGUUUACACAGUGAAUGAUGGACCGAGGUGUUUCAUAAUCGAUUUGAAGAAGAAAACUUGCAGCUGCAGGAUAUUCCAACUGGAUGAGAUACCGUGUUCUCAUGCAUGGGCAGUAUUGAAGAAUAAAAAUUUGGCUGCUGAUGCAUAUUGUUCGAAAUUAUUCAAGCCAGAAACAGUUGUGAACACAUAUGAUGCCGACUGA